CCUAAUUACUAAUCAUUUUAUUUCCUGUUUGUGUGCAGAAACCAUCAACCUCACAAUGUCAGCAGAAAGCCAGCUCAACGUCGACACAGCAGACGAGAACAAACUGGUGAAACCAAAGCUAGAGUUCCAGACGUUGCUGCAACAAGCUGGAGCCACUAAAGACACUUUCACCAUGAAGGAGGUGAUGUUCUACCUGGGUCAGUACAUCAUCCAGAAGCAGCUGUACGACCAGAAGCAGCAGCACAUCGUCCACUGCUCCCAGGAUGCACUGGGGCGAGUGCUGGGGGUCGACAGCUUCUCUGUUAAAGAGCCACGAGUUCUCUUCGCUAUGAUCACCAAGAACCUCGUGGCGAUAAAAAGCCAAGAUUCACCACCGAGCCCCGUUGAACCCCAAAGUGAGACUCAGACGGACAAAGGGGCCGAGGUGAGACUCAGAUCAAAUAUAACUGUUGUGUUUGAGUCCGUUUUGAACAAAUCUUACCUCAAAAAUCUGAAGUAGAAGCGGGUUAACACU